GGGGAUUCUAAAUACUUCAAAGAAAGAAAGAAAGAAAAACGAGUACCGAGGAAAUAUGAGUGGUUGUCCGUACACUGGAAGUAGUUACUCAUUGACUUUUAACAUUAAGUCAAAAGAAAACGAAGACCAGUCUCAAGAGGGAACUAACAAAGCAUCCAAGGGAGGUUUGCUGUAUGGGGAAUAUCUGCAACUGGACAAGAUCAUCAAUGCCCAAGUACUUCAAAGUGAGGCAAAGGGGAACAAGAUCCAUGAUGAGCACCUCUUCAUCGUCACUCAUCAAGCUUAUGAACUGUGGUUUAAGCAGAUUCUCUGGGAACUUGAUUCUGUGAGAGAAAUAUUCUCAAAUGAUCAUGUGCGAGAUGAGCGGAACAUGCUAAAGAUUAUCUCCCGGAUCCAUAGAAUUUCAAUCAUUCUGAAAUUGCUAGUGGAACAGUUUUCUGUUCUCGAGACAAUGUCAUCACUGGACUUCUUUGAGUUUCGGGAUUACUUGUCCACCGCCUCGGGAUUCCAAAGCCUUCAGUUUCGCUUGCUGGAGAAUAAAAUUGGGGUCCUGGACAGCUUGAGAGUUCCCUACAACAAAAAACAUUACCGGGAUAAUUUUAAAGGAGGUGAAAGUGAGGUCCUGCUGCGCUCCGAGCAGGAGCCGACCUUGCUGCAGCUGGUGGAGAAAUGGCUUGAAAGAACCCCUGGACUCACAGAAGAAGAUUUCAACUUCUGGGGAAGACUGCAAGAAAACAUUGAGAGGGGACUGCAAGAAAAAAUGCAAACAACUCAGGCCCAGCCACAUUCUGAGAAGAAGGAGGAAGCCCUAGCCGAACUCCUAAAGCAGAAGGAGGUGUUAUUGUCACUGUUUGAUGAAAAACGUCACGAGCACCUGCUGUGUAAAGGAGAAAGACGGAUUUCAUAUACAGCUUUGAAGGGUGCUCUCAUGAUCUACUUCUACAGAGAGGUGCCCCGUUUCCACGUCCCAUUCCAGCUGUUGACAUCUCUAAUGGAUAUUGACACCCUAAUCACCAAGUGGAGAUACAAUCAUACCUGUAUGGUGCACCGGAUGAUUGGCAGCAAGUCUGGUACAGGUGGCUCUUCAGGGUACCACUACCUUCGUUCUACUGUCAGUGACCGAUACAAAGUGUUUGUGGAUUUGUUCAACCUUGCAAAUUACUUAGUCCCCCGUCACUGGAUACCGAAGCUCAACCCCAACGUCCACAAGGUCCUGUACACGGCGGAGUGCUGCGACAGCUCUUACUGCAGCAGUGAAGACUCGGAUUAAGGCGUCUGGGAAGCCAGCGCACUGUCCAGAUGUCCAGAGUGGAAUUUGUUCAACCAGGAGAUCAGGAGAGCGCACCUGCAUUACCAAUCUAAUAUACUUGUAAAUCUGUAUAUGUAGGUAACAAAGUAUUUAUACUGCAAACAUUAAAAGUGAUUGAAUAUAUAUAAUGUAAUAUUUUUCUAACAAUUUGGCUGCAAUGUAUAAAUACUAAUCUUUUGCAUUAAAUUAUUUUCUGCGCUGGCAUUUGUAUAAAUAUAAAUAGUAACUGCACAUUUAUUAUAAAACAGUAUAAUCGUCAUUUCUUGUCUUCUAUGCAAUAUGUAAGGAUGUAUUUAUACAUUUGUACU